AUGCGUGUGAGCCUGGGGAAGGGUCCCUCCCACCUGCUCGGCCAGCUGCGCAGCGCACCGCGGGCCGGCAGCGUGGGAACGCCCCAGCUGGGCGGCAUGAUGCUGGUCCCCGCACUCCUUGUCCUUCUCUUCUGCCUCAGAGGGCGUGCAGGUCUGUCACCCCACUUCCUGCAACAGCCAGAAGACCUGGUAGUACUGCUGGGGGACGAGGCCCGUCUGCCCUGUGCCCUGGGCGCAUACUGGGGGCUGGUUCAGUGGACUAAGGAUGGGCUGGCUCUAGGGGGCGAAAGAGACCUGCCAGGGUGGUCCCGGUACUGGAUAUCAGGGAAUGCAGCCAGUGGCCAGCACGACCUCCACAUUAGGCCCGUAGAGAUAGAGGAUCAAGCAUCCUACGAAUGUCAAGCUACACAAGCAGGCCUCCGCUCUCGACGAGCCCAACUGCAUGUGCUGGUGCCUCCGGAACCCCCCCAGGUGCUGGGUGGCCCCUUUGUGUCUCUGGUUGCUGGGGUUCCUGCGAAUGUGACCUGUCGGAGCCGCGGGGAUGCCCGCCCCACCCCUGAGCUGCUGUGGUUCCGAGAUGGGGUCCGGCUAGAUGGGGCCACCUUCCGCCAGACCCUGUUGAAGGAAGGAACCACUGGGUCAGUGGAGAGCAUCUUAUCUUUGACCCCUUCCAGCCACGAUGAUGGAGCCAUCUUGGUUUGCCGGGCUCGGAGCCAGGCCCUGCCUGCGGGGAAGGACACAGCUAUCACACUGAGCCUGCAGUACCCCCCAGUGGUGACUCUGUCUGCAGAACAACAGACAGUGCAGGAGGGAGAGAAGGUCACUUUCCUAUGCCAGGCCACAGCCCAGCCUCCUGUCACUGGCUAUAGGUGGGCAAAGGGGGGCUCCCCUGUGCUUGGGGCCCGCGGGCCAAUGUUGGAGGUAGUGGCGGACGCUUCGUUCCUGACUGCACCGGUGUCCUGCGAGGUCAGCAACGCAGUGGGUAGCGCCAACCGCAGCACAGCGCUGGAUGUGCGAUUCGGGCCGAUUCUGCAGGCAAAGCCGAAACCCUUAUCCGUGGACGUAGGGGAAGACGCCUCCUUCAGCUGUGUCUGGCGCGGGAAUCCUCUUCCACGGGUAACCUGGACCCGCCGCGGGGACGCGCAGGUGCUGGCCUCCGGGCCCACGCUGCGUCUUCUCGCGGUGGGGCCGGAGGAUGCAGGCGACUACGUGUGCAGAGCCGGGCCGGGGCUCUCGGGCCUGCGGGGUGGCGCUGCGGAAGCUAGGUUGACUGUGAACGCUCCCCCAGUGGUGACCGCCCUGCACUCUGCGCCCGCCUUCCUGAGGGGCCCCGCCCGCCUCCAGUGUCUAGUCUUCGCCUCCCCCGCCCCAGAAGCCGUGGUCUGGUCUUGGGAUGAGGGCUUCCUGACGGCGGGGUCGAGGGGUCGGUUCCUGGUGGAGACAUUCCCAGCCCCAGAGGGCCGCGGGGGACAGGGUCCAGGCCUGAUCUCUGUGCUGCACAUUUCGGGGACCCAGGAGUCCGACUUUAGCCGGGGCUUCAACUGCACUGCCCGGAACCGGUUGGGCGAAGGAGGCACCCAGGUCAGCCUGGGACGUAGAGACUUGCUGCCCGCUGUGCGGAUUGUGGCUGGAGUGGCCGCUGUGGCCAUGACUCUCCUUAUGGCCGGCACUGGGGUGGCCCUCUGCUGCUGGUGCCACGGCAAGGCCUCAGCCUCUUUCUCCAAGCAAAAGAAUCUGGUGCGAAUCCCAGGGAGCAGCAACGGCUCCAGUUCGAGGGGUCCCGAGGAGGAGACAGGCAGCAGCAAGGACCAGGGCCCCAUCGUGCACACAGACCACAGCGACCUGGCUCUGGAUGAGGAGGGAGCUCUGGAGACCAAGGACCCAACCAAUGGUUACUACAAGGUCCGAGGAGUCAGUCCACCCACGUCUCCAGACUCAUGUGUGACAUCUCUCCAACUGAAGAGUCCUGGGAUCUUCAACUUGCCAUAAUGGAUUGUCCUGAUUUCUGAGGAACCAGAACAAGUUGGCGACCUUACUCUUCCAACAUUGAACAUUGAGGGGAGGGAAAGAUCGUUACAAUUGUCUGGGUCAUUGAUAUACAGUCAGCUCAGCCAAAGGGGAUGCCCCAAGUGGGAGCAAGAAGGCCACUGUGCCUACCUCUUCCCCUGUGUAAAAGAGAUGCAAGAUGGCACAUGGACCCUUUGCAGAGGGAUGGGGGGGGGCAGGGGGUGAUGGGAGUUAGGGGCAGAGAAGGAAGUUGUUUCCCAACACUGAAAGAAGAUAUUUCAAGAUGACCACCUGCAUUGAGAAGAAAGGCAACAUAAGGCAGAUUAAGAUGGAGGACCUGUCCUGGCUCUCCCCAAGGGGCACUUUGCUUCACCCAUGGAAUUGCAGCCAGAAUGGCCAUUCACCCCCUGGGAAUCCAAGAUGGUCACUAUCUUGAUUUUUUCUACCUUCCUUAAAGGCCCUGGAAGAACUGGACCCAAGGAGUAAGGAUAGGGUGAGAGCUGUUGUGGGGUUGGGGGGGGUGAGGGGGUGGUGUUGGAAUCUGAGAAUGAGCAUAUUUAUGUUUAAUAAAAAAAGUUGCGAAGUGAAUAUCU